CCAUUUAGCCCGUAUCUUAGAUAUCUAUUUACCUGUGCGAUUUCCGUAUAGUAUAAUUUUGUAUAAUUUGUGCGUCCAAAAAAAUGUUUGAGUACGAGGCAGAAAAGGAUUAUGGGGAGUGUGACAGUGGAGAUCGUACUGUUGAUUUGACGCUGAAACGCCUCAAGAAUCAUCGCCAACAGGAGGCUCUUUAUUUCACGCUUUAUGGCCGCCUUGAAGUGCAGGAGUGGCUCUUGAAGGAUUCUGUCCGAAAUAAGGCAUAUCGUGAGGCUAUCAUUUGCAACGAGUCCUUCAAAAAUAAGACUGUUCUGGAGGUGGGUUGCGGAAUGGGCCUCCUUUCGAUGUUUGCCGCCAAGGCGGGCGCUAAAAGGGUCCUAGCUGUGGAUGCGGCCAGUAUUACGGACUUUGCCGAACGGAUUGUCCAUGACAAUGGAUAUGCCGAUGUUGUAACAGUGAUGCGGGGAAAAGUGGAGGACAUAGAGUUGCCUGCCGAUAUCCACAAGGUGGACAUCAUUGUUUGCGACUGGAUGGGUUAUUGCCUUUUCUCGGAAAAUAUGCUGAACUCGCUGAUAUUUGCGCGGGACAAGUGGCUGGUGGCCGGUGGUCACAUAUUUCCGGACUCGGCGCAGCUUUAUUUGGCGGCCAUCAAGGGGCGGGAUCAGGACCUCGGUUUCUGGAACGAUUUGCACGGCUUUGACCUGUCCGCCAUCCGGCGAAGAUGCGAAUCCAAGGCUGUCGUGGAGCACGUAACCGGCGAUCAGGUGAUGAGCAAGGUGUGCCUGAUCAAAUCGCUGGACCUUUACAGUGUGCCCCGAAAUGCCGCCAACUUUCAGUCCUUCUACGAACUGAAGGUCAUCCGAAAUGGCUGGGUUCAUGCCCUGGCUGCCUACUUCGAUGUGGGAUUUAGCUGGAGUCCACAAGGGAUCAGCUUUAGUACAUCACCUUGUGCACCUUGGACUCACUGGAAUCAAACUGUUUUCUAUCUGGAAACUCCACUUUUUGUGAAAGCGGGCGAGUCAAUCAAGGGCAUGUUCAGCAUGAAACCCAGCGAGGAAAGCAUCUUCGACUUGAAGUUCGACAUCUUUGUGGAUUUCGAGGGCAGGGAAAAAGCGGUGACCAGCCAACAAUCCUUUGUCCUCUCCAACCCACUUACACUGGGCGAAGUCUAAAAAGGGGAGAACUCACACAAAAUAUCAACGGAUCACAAUAAAAUGAACGAACAGUAAAAUAAACUAAAAGCGAGCCACAUUGCCCG